AUGCGGACAGCGAGCAUGGCAGCUUCUCCUAGCGCAUCUUCAUACUCAACUAAGCUCAACAAGUUUCCCGUCUUUAAUUUUGACAACAACCUCAGGUACCUGUGUAUCAGUCCUGUGAGCCCCAGCACCACUAAGGCUACCCUCUCUGCUCUCAACGUAUGGAGAUACUGGUGCAUGACCAAAGGACUAAGGGAUUACAUGGGCAUCACUAAGAUCCCAGCUGUGAGGCUGAAUGAACUCCUGGAGGAUUUUUACAUCACGGUGAAGAAAAUAGAUGGAUCAGACUUUCUAGCCACAUCCAUCCAUGCUAUCCGCCAAGGCCUGGACCGGAUCCUGAAGAACGCAGGUGUGGGUUUCUCCAUCAGCAGCAGCACCUUCAGCUCUUCCACCAAAGAGUUCAAGGAGAAGCUUAGGCUCCUGAACAAGGCUGGGAUGUCUGGUGCUCAGUCUCGCAACAUCGUCUACUUCUCCCUUUCUGAUGAGGAAGAGAUGUGGAGCACAGGAUGCCUGGGAGGUGGCAGCCCCAUAGCCCUGCUGUCCACAGUGGGGAAAUACAACAGCCAGUACCUGAACAUGCGAACGUUACAGGAGUGGGCAGACUCGAUGUCUGGUGACGUUGAAUUGCUCAAAGACUCCCAAAACAGGCUCUUUUUUGCCAGAACGGAUAGCGUGAAGCGAGAAAACAGACUGAGUGCAAAUAAAGUGUGUUACGGCCAGAUAUACCAUGAGCACUCAAAAGGACACGAGCUCUGCCCUUACUGCCUCCUCUACAAGUACCUGUACAUACACCGGCCCCCAAACCAGAUGGAGGCCAAGUCUCCAUUCUACCUGACCGCCCGGAAGGAGAUUGGCAGCAUAGGGAAGGUGUGGUAUGAGGAGCAGAGGAUGGGGCUCCGCUCCCUCCACGGUGUAGUCCCCAAACUGGCAAAGAAAGCGAAGCUGGAGCACUGUGAAAGUUUUACUUUUGCUUCCUUCACUCAGGCUUCCAGGAAGUUUGGCCCUCUUAACUCCUUCCAGUAACUCAGCCCUCCAUGUGUUAACACCAAACUCAUCUAGCCUGCUGUACAGGAAUGGCUCUGAGCUGGAGGAGGCUAUUUCAGUAGCCCAACCUAUAGGGACAAAGAGAAAAGCAAAGGUCUGCUAAGAAUUUCCUUGGAUCCUUAUAGCAGAAGCUGUUACUGAGAAAAUGAACAGUACUGAGAUAUUUCCAGAUAUGUGUUAAUACACAUAUUAUAUUAUUGAGAUGGCAUAUUGCAGCAUACACAAGACUGUUACAGGAGAAAGGAAAGCAGAUAAAUACAGUGCCUUUUCAAACAGAUUUUUCUCAACUGGCCAAGACAGUGAUUUCCCAAUAGCUUUAAUGCAUUGUGAAGAAGAGCUGCUUUCAAACAACAACAGCAAAAAGUGGAAAGAAGGGGCGUUUAAUACUUCCUGGUAGGAUUGCAUGGGCUGCUUUCCUAUUUAGUGGAUUAAUACAACCUCACAGUGAAAAGCUGGGGGCCAAUCCUGAUGAAAGAGCAAGAUUGUGACAGCUUUCCACAGAGGGCUGUGAGACAGUGACACCUCGCUGCUAUCUCCUUCAGCUCUGUCAAAUUCAGAGUCAGAUUCCUGAGCAAACAAGAGGCUGAGAACUUUUUCCUGUAAGGAAACGGUAAUGUGUAUCAUGGGAAACUCAGUUUCAAAGUCUGGUAACUCUUGAAGAAGUGCCUACGUUUCGUUGCAUAGCUACUGUACCAAGGUUAUUUUCUUGUGAAUCAUUUUUUUCCUCCGCUUGUUCAGUAUAUUGUAAAUAUUGGAAAAAUAUUGGAUAUUUUUCCAAUAGCAGUGGUAUUUACACUAGAUCUCUAAGUACAGCCGGAAACUGUUAUUGGAUUUAUCAAAUAACAAACAAAAAAAAUCCUAUUACAGCAUCACCAAAGGACAGCAUUUUCAGUCAGUCCUUUAUAGAUGGUGCAGUGAGCCCCUAAGACCAAAAUUAGUACUUUUUGGAUGUCCAGGAUUUGAGACAUCUUAAAGGGGGCUUAUAUCAGACAUUGAAUGCUCAGCCCUUUUUGAAAAUCAAGGCACUUUAAGGCAGCUCAGGUCUGGAAUCCAAAUGAUGAAAUUUUCAAAAAUCACUAGUUAGUUGUAAAUGUAACUGCCUUCAACUUCUACAACUAAGACUUGGUCCAAUUUAUUCUGAAGUUGAGGGGAAAUUCCUUUUGAUUUCAGUGGAAGCUGUGCCAAUCAUUUAAGGCACAAGAAAAGAACAUAUGGAAGAGCUAAAACAGCUGGGGAUGUGUGCAGUCUAGCGAUGUGCAGUCUGCUGCACAUCUAAUGCAAAAGAUGUGACUGCUUCUUCCCACAGGGUUGCAGGGCUGUGAAAAGGCUAAGGAAUACAAAGAUAUAUGGAGCCCGCUACAGAGUCACUGGUUUGUGAGGGCUGUGUAAUGCCUUGAAAUCACAGCUCCUGUCUGAUAGUUACAUGAUUACAUAGUUACAUCAUUACUAACUAAAAUACAGUAAUUGCAUUUAGAUGUACCCUUUUAGAAGACAACUUGUCCCUUCCCCCUAAUAUUGCACAGGGUUUUUUUAUAUUAGCUUGGUUUCUAGGAUCUAUUUGUUAACUGUGAGUUCUACAACAUAGUUUCUCUCUUGUCUUUUAAAUGUUUGGGCACAGUAUUAUUUUAGGUUUCAGAAAUUCAUUCACUGGAACUUGAAAUAAAGAGUAGCAUCAACUUUAGCAGAGGGAACAUCCAAUAAAUGCUGAUACCUCCACCCUUUACAGGCUGCGAACAUUAUUUCCCACCCUCAUCUCUUUUGUUUAUUGAAAGUCUGGUCCUGGAAAAUCUUAGCAGCCUUUACUGGAGGAGGCACAGAUCAUUCAGCAUUUCCAGGCAAGCUCAUGUGAUGGUGAUGGAGACAGGAGCUUCUGCUUGAAUACGAUUUAUAUCAGAGAAGCAUGUGGGGCAGAGUACAACACACUGUGGGCAUUGCUUCCAGAGGAAAAAUACUGUACCUCAUUAUUUUCCUGUGUUUCACUGAUGAUGGGGUAUUCCUUGUUGAAAAAUACCAUACUGAGUCCUGCAGAACAAAUUACCAGUUAAGACUGAUGAAAAGCAAAAGCUGGGCUGAGAUGGGGUUAAUUUGUCUUUGAAAGAGACUGAUAAAACUGUUUGAACACUAAGCUUUUUCAAACCUGAGUACCCCAAAAAUCAGCCUCAGGUUAGAUCAGCUCAGAUUAGAGUAGGUAACUAAUCAAGUGACCUGUUCUUUGGAGGUGUUGGCCUUCUAGACCUCUUCUUGCAGUCAUUAUCACUGAGCAAUUCCCAGGCUGGGACUUCUGAUGGCCAUUGGCAUUAAAAGUAGCCAUAUUGAGGUUUCCUAAGGCAUGCGCGUAGGAGGUACCGAAUGCCCAGUGGCUUUCCCCUGAUCUCUGAAAG